GACCUGGGCUGCAUCUCCACCACUCUCCCCAAAGCCAUGGCCAAUUCCCUCUGGGACACCAGGGCUAUCUCCUACUCAGGAUGUGCUGCACAGGUCUUUGCAUUUGUCUUCUUGAUAUCAGCAGAGUUUUUUCUUCUCACUGUCAUGGCCUAUGACCGCUAUGUUGCCAUCUGCAAGCCCCUGCACUAUGGGAGCCUCCUGGGCAGUAGAGCUUGUGCCCAGAUGGCAGCAGCUGCCUGGGGCAGUGGGGUUCUCUAUGCUGUGCUGCACACGGCCAGUACAUUUUCCCUGCCACUCUGCCAAGGCAAUGCUGUGGACCAGUUCUUCUGUGAAAUCCCCCAGAUCCUCAAGCUCUCCUGCACUAACUCCUACCUCAGGGAAGCUGGGCUUCUCAUGUUCACGUCCUUUUUGGGUUUUGGAUGCUUUGUUUUCAUUGUUUUUUCCUACGUGCAGAUCUUCAUGGCAGUGCCGAGGAUGCCCUCUGAGCAGGGACAGCACAAAGCCUUUUCCACGUGCCUCCCUCACCUGGCCGUGGUCUCACUCUUUUUCAGCACUGUCAUAUUUGCCUACCUGAAGCCCCACUCCAUCUCCUCCCCAAACCUGAACCUGGCGGUGGCAGUUCUGUACUCCAUGGUGCCUCCAGUAGCGAACCCCUUCAUCUACAGCAUGAGGAACCAGGAUCUCAAGGAUUCGAUAUGGAAAAUGUUGAUUGGGUUUUUAUCUGUGGCCACAGACUGUCUACCUUCUUCUGCAAAUGACUCCCACUGUUCGUCUGAAGUGAAAGCCCCAGCCCAGGACCCAUGGAGUGAAGGUCCCUGGGCACAACUGCAGAAAGACUUUGCAAGACCUCUGCCACUGACAGCUUGA